AUGGCUCUUUCCAAAGAUUUAGAAGCGGAACUGGAUUCGGAGUCAGGAGAUUCCAAUUUUUCUGCUAGCGGUGAAUUAUCCGACGGAGUCGAGAUACCGGAGCGAACCCCACCCGCCAAACGACGCCGAUUAUCAGAAUCACCAUCCUCCAAUAUUGAAAUCAAUGGGAAUGCGACGACGAAUGCGGAUCCUAUAACAGCCCAGGAUGCCGCAGCAGUAACAAGGCCAUCAGAUAUUUCGUCAUUUGCGUCCCUCGGCCUUGCACCAUGGCUCGUUGAAUGCUGUCGACAAUGGCCAUUAAACGACCGACGGCAAAUAUUUGAACAAAUUAAGGCUAUAUCAGCACCUCAAUCUCUCAAGCCUAUUCUUAUUACCGGCGGAACUGAGAUGCGCCCCCAGGCUAUUGCUCUCUCCCAACGUCCUCACAUCGUGAUUGCUACGCCUGGUCGUCUAGCGGAUCAUAUUACCAGCUCCGGGGCAGACACGAUCUGUGGCCUCAACCGCACACGCGUUGUUGUUUUUGAUGAAGCUGACCGGCUUCUUGCAUCUGGGCCGGGAAGCAUGCUCCCGGAUGUGGAAACUUGCCUCUCUGCGCUUCCCCCUUCGACAGCUCGCCAAACACUCCUCUUCACAGCCACGGUCACCCCCGAGGUUCGAGCCCUCAAAUCCAUGCCUCGCCCCGCGAACAAGCUUCCUAUCUUCGUCACAGAAGUAUCCACAGAAAACAAAGCUAGCAUCCCACCAACCCUCAAGCAGACUUAUCUCCAAGUGCCCCUUACCCAUCGCGAAGCAUUUCUCCACACUCUGAUAUCGACGGAAGCUAAUUCUCAAAAACCCGCUAUUAUCUUUUGCAAUCGAACCAAGACCGCAGAUCUCGUUGAACGUAUGCUGCGGCGUCUUGGUCAUAGAGUCACGUCGCUGCAUAGUCUUCUCCCACAAUCCGAACGUACAGCCAACCUAUCACGUUUCCGGGCUUCAGCAGCUCGUAUAUUAGUUGCCACUGAUGUCGCCGCUCGUGGUCUGGAUAUCCCCAGCGUAAGCUUGGUAAUAAACUUCGAUGUGCCCCGCAACCCUGAUGAUUAUGUCCAUCGUGUUGGCCGAACAGCUAGAGCUGGACGUGAAGGUGAAGCAGUUACUCUGGUUGGUCAACGUGAUGUGCAACUAGUUUUGGCCAUCGAAGAUCGUGUCGGGAGGAAAAUGGUAGAGUGGAAAGAGGAAGGUGUCAGCAUUGAAGGUCGGGUUGUACGUGGUGGAAUUCUCAAAGAGGUGGGAGAGGCAAAGCGGGAGGCAGUAGGCGAGGUGGAAGAGGGUAGAGAUGUUCUUGGCCGUCGGGUGAGAAAAUUAAAGAAAGUCCGUUAG